CUCCAUUUCUUUAUAUUCAUCAACAGCCUUUCAUUCUUAAGCAAAAAGUCAUCCAAACCCAGUUCACAUUUCCGAUAAAUUGCACAACCUUAUGUGCAAUUUGUAACCUUUAUAGUAAAUUUGAAGUGGGUUUUCAUCCAAACCCCCCAAACAAGAAUCUAUUUUUAGUGGGUGUUUUUGAGUGUGUAGUUACACCCACAAAACCUUGUCAUUUUUUGAGUGUGUAGUUAUAACCAUGUCAGCUGCCAUGAUUUGUGGGGCUUUUCCUACCAAUACUGAUAUGUAUACUGGGCUAGACUCUUUAAAAUUGUCAGUGAAAGCAAAAGGGGUAGUUAGAAGUGAAAUAAUCAAGAAUGUUGGUAGAAAACAUAGGUAUUGUUAUUCACUGUUUAGUGAGUUUGGUUCAAGAGGAUUAGAUGUUGUUUCAAGAGUUGUGGCUAACCCAUCUGGGAAUUUGGCUAUAUCAUCUGAACAAUUGGUUUAUGAUGUAGUCAUGAAACAAGCAGCUUUGGUUAAGGAACAAAUGAGGUCUAUAGAAGAAGAAGAAGAAGAAGAAGAAGAAGAAGAUAUGGAUGUUCAGCCAGAGAUAGUUGUUCCUGGAACACUUGGUUUAUUGAAUGAAGCUUAUGAUAGAUGUGGUGAAGUUUGUUCCGAGUAUGCCAAGACUUUUUAUUUAGGAACAUUGUUGAUGACACCUGAAAGGCGAAAAGCUAUAUGGGCUAUUUACGUAUGGUGUAGGAGAACAGAUGAACUAGUUGAUGGCCCUAAUGCAUCACAUAUAACUCCCAAAGCUCUAGAUAGAUGGGAGUCGAGAUUAGAAGAUCUUUUCAAGGGACGCCCAUUUGAUAUGCUUGAUGCUGCUUUAUCAGAUACCGUUUCUAAGUUUCCAGUCGAUAUUCAGCCUUUUAAGGAUAUGAUUGAUGGAAUGAGGAUAGACCUCAAAAAGUCAAGAUAUGACAACUUUGACGAGCUAUAUCUUUACUGCUAUUAUGUAGCCGGCACAGUUGGAUUAAUGAGUGUCCCAAUAAUGGGCAUUGAUCGUGAAUCUAAGGCACCAACUGAGAGUGUUUACAAUGCUGCGUUGGCUUUAGGGAUUGCUAAUCAACUGACGAACAUUCUUAGAGAUGUUGGGGAGGAUGCAAGAAGAGGAAGGGUUUACCUGCCACAAGAUGAACUAGCACAAGCAGGAUUAUCUGACGAAGACAUAUUUUCAAUGAAAGUAACUGAUAAAUGGAGGGCCUUCAUGAAAAAACAAAUCAAAAGAGCAAGAACAUUCUUUGAUCAGGCAGAAGAAGGUGUUACACAGCUAAGCUCUGCUAGUAGAUGGCCGGUUUGGGCAUCACUACUAUUGUAUCGGCAAAUACUGGAUGAAAUUGAAGCUAACGACUAUAAUAACUUCACAAAAAGGGCAUACGUAAGCAAACAGAAGAAGAUAGUUGCUUUGCCUCUCGCUUAUGCACAAUCUCUUGUGACACCAUCGUCAACAAAAUUGGCUUCAAGUAAAAAUCUUGCCGUCAGAGGAAAAGGGGAAGCGGAAAGAGGAUAGGGGUGAUAAAAGUUGAGGGACAAGGUACUCCCAGUGGUAAGCGACAUAGGAGCAGGAGGCGUUGGUGGACAUGCAUACGCGACAGGUAGCAUCUUGAGGACUGAGGAGGGAGUUGAUAUGACGAGACAGUUUUAGGAAUCAUAACAAUACACAGAAGUGAAUCAGUAAAACUCCUAAGGCAUAUUCAGAUUUUGUUAGGGUUAUGUCAAACUGAUACAACUAGUUAAUUUUCUUUGAGUGCAAUAUAAAUCUCUAAAAAUGCAAGUUUUCGUUUUGGAAUGUAAAGGCAAAAUUGAAUAAUGGACAGUUUUUUCUUUUUGGGUAA